AUGGAACAUCAAGAUUUUUAUAACUUGUUUGCGGGAAGCGGUUUGACGGCUACGCAGAGUCCGGCGAGUAUAGUUCAGAACGUUAAUAUGGAGAACAAGUUAGGGACGAUGCAAAAGCCACCGAAGCUUAUGAGUUUGGAUGAAUAUGCGAGUUGGUCAGGCCGUUUCAAAAACUGGGUGCAAGCCAAUCACUUCGAAUGUUGGAUGAAAAUAGAGGCGAAGUAUGUACCACCAGUUAACGGUAUGGGAUUGGAAAAGGGCAUCGGGAGUUUGACGGAAACUGAACAGAUUGACUUCAAGGCUGAAAAGAAGAUGGUGAGCAUUCUGCAACAGGCCAUCAAAGAAGAUAUUCUCGUUUUACUGCAACAUGAAGACAAUUCUCAGUCGAUGUGGCAAGCGUUAAAACUGAAAUUUCAAGGCAGUGUGUCGAUGAUUAAGAGCAAGAAGGCAUUAAUCAAGAAAGAAUUCGACAUUUUUACCGGGAUUAAAGGAGAAACGACAAAGCAAUUAAUCGAAAGAUACUGUCAUCUUGUGGUUGAAAUGAAGCGGUUAGAGAUCACCAAGACGAAUGAAGAAUGGAUUGAUAAACUGUGCGAUGCACUUCCGUAUGAUGAGUGGGGCACUUAUCUAAUGAUGCUGAAGAAUAAUUCUGAUUUUAUGAAUCUCAACCUCAGCUCAUUCAUUGAGAAGAUCGAAGCCCAUGAGCUGGAAUUGCUGAAAAUCAAGAAAAUGAACUCAGCAAGUGUGCAGCAAGAUGUGUCUCUGUAUUACAAAGGCAACCCUCCAGUUUCAACCAUUCAAAGCCCAAAAAUACAGACAAGGUUCAUUGCUGAUAACACCUCAAGUGUUUCUUCAAACACUCCGCAAUCCGGCAAUUCGUCACCAUUCAUGAACUUUGAACCGAAUGUUAAAGCUCAGGAACAACCAUCACCUCAAAGUUGUACUGGAUCAAAUCAUCAGGCGUACGUUUCUGGGGUACAGUGCAAUAUUGCGGUAAACAUAAAGAACGGAAACGAGAUAACUGAAACAGCCGCAAAACAGCACAUAGCACUGCUUGCUUCCGUUCUUGAGGCUUAUGAGGGCUUAGUAGCAGGGAGAAUCGGUAAUCCUGACAUGACGAAGGAGGAUUACGACCAAAUUGAUCCUGAAGAGCUUGAAUUGAUCAACAUCAAGUGGUGUACGGCAAUUUUGCCAGCUGUUCAGAGGCCACAAAUUGAGAAUAAACCGGAAAAAGCGCUGAUCGUGAAUCAAGACGACGAAAAGAUAGCUGCAGGUUUCAGCUGGGAUAAAUAUAUCCCUGGUAGCGAUGGACAGGCAAUGAUGGCUGAAGUAGUUGAAAUUUCUGAGAUGGUGUCUGAACCAGAAACAGUUACUGAAGAUGUUUCUGUGAUUGCUGAAGAGGUUUCUGCUGAAAAUGCGGUCAAUAUUGAAGAAAUAGCUGCUGAAGUGUAUUGCUAUCAGUCAGAGCAGGAGGUAUUGGGAAGCUUAAUGAAAUCUGUAUUGCCUACUAAAAUUUCUGAAUCUUUUGCAGGUUACUUUGAAGAACCAAAGACUGGAUCAUGUCCAAGGUUUGAAGAGAAGAAAGAAGUCGUUGAAGAAUUGAUAGAUGUGUCGAAAGAGCUAACUGGAGAGGCAUUGAAGGACAUAGCUGAUAAAGCUCUCAUGGGGAAGCUACGAGAGGUAGAUUCAGAACUCGUGGAGUCAAAGUCUGUUAGUAGUGAGUCAGUCAAACGAGAGGAAUCUGGAGUUCAGGAGAUCAAAUCUGUCAAAAUAUCUGAGUCUGAGUUAGACAAUGUCGGUAAAACUGUGUGUGUAGAGCAGGUUGUUGAAAAGGUGUUGGAUGAGGAGAGUGAGAAAUCUGAAAAGGCUCAAUCUGAGAAGGUUGUUAGUGAUUCUGAAGAUGAAGGGAAUUUCUUAGAUCAAUAUAUACCGAAAUCGGAGAAGAGUGUGAAUGAUGAUCCAAUCAUGGUGGUAUAUACUAUGGUUGGAACAGACAAACUUAAUUCCGAUUUCGAGUAUCCACUUCAGAAUGUGAAAAUCAAGAAUGUCGAAAAAGUGUUUAAAUUGGUUGAAAUGAACAUUAACAAGGUCAAUAACAAUGAAUUCUUUUCAAAACUUAAAAAGUCUUUUGUUACAUCACGUCCAACAAGUUCGGGAAAGAAAGACGGGGAUGGUAACGUUGUUGAGUUUGAAAAUGAAAUUGAUAAGUUUCUUGAUGAGUUUCCUCCGAUAACCGAUAAAGUAAAAUCAGUUGUGAGAAAAGAGGUUCCUAAUGUUACGUUUGACUUUCCGAAAACAGACAAGAAGUGUGAUGUUGUGUUCGGAAGUGUGUCUGAAGGGCUGCCCAAGUCUAUAUUGUCAAAAUGGAUUAUGGAUAGUGGUGCUUCAAGGCAUAUGACUGGGACGCUAGCUCUUCUCUAUGAUGUCAAAUCCAUCAAUGGAAGCUAUGUUGGAUUUGCCGGGAAUCAAGGUGGAAGGAUCGUUGGUCAAGGAACGCUGUCAAAUGGCGUGAUUUCGUUCGACAAGCACUGUCAUCCUGAAGAUGACGUCGGGCAAGGAGCUUACUUUGACCAAUGUGCUUUAUGUCCUAGAGAUAAGGAAGAAUCUCGUGUCGGAAUGGAUGCUCAACAAGUUUGGAUUUCGUCUAGUGUUUGA